GCGUGUUUGUGUUUCAAAGCUUGAAGUUUUUAACUUCGAGGAUUAUAAUAUUACUUACAUUACAUAAAUAAAUAAUUAAAAAUGUGCAUUUUGCUGUCGAUAAAAAAAUACGCUAUGGAGCCAUUCUUUUUCCAGUCAGUCUUCCCAUUGUACUCCCAAACGCAAAUUUGCUGAACUACAGUUUUUUACAUAAUUAUAUGAUUUGGGUGCUUAACAUCGCCACCGUUUCUGCUCAUCCUAAAAUGAACGGAGAGCCAGCUGUGACGGACCGUGUAAAGCAGAGCUUGAGGGAAGCAUUCUCCAAGCAGGAUUACUAUGAAGCCCACCAAAUCUACAAAAGCCUAAACUUCAGAUACCAGAGAUUAAAACGUUUUGAUGAAUUGGCCGAUAUCCUGUAUUCUGGCAGCAUGGAUUUUUUUCGCCUGAAUACUACACAGAGCGGAAUCGACCUUGCUCGGCAGUUCGCAGAAAUUCUGGAGAAAGGCAACCUUGCUGUAUCCGAUGCGAGAGUUCAGCAAAUCGCCACGUUAUACCGCGAAGUCCCUAGAGACCCGGAAUCUGAACGAGCCAUCUUUCUUGGCUCUGUGCUGACCUGGUCUGUCAACCACAAUCCGGAAUCGAAGGCCGGACAUGUCGCCAUUCAUGCAGCUGUAGCGCGGAUUUGCUGGGAAGAACAGAAUUAUCCAUCCGCUGUUUAUCAUUUCGUGCGUGCCAUGGACCCUGUGACCUUAGCAAAAGUGUUGCACGAUUUGUAUGACAACCGAGACGAAAUCAGAGAAACAAAAGGCAAGAAGGAUGAUCCAUAUACUUUUGGGGAGCUGGACAAUGCGCAGGAAUACGAUCAACGACUUGUAGCAAUUGCCGUAAUAGAGUUUUUGGCUUUGAAUCGCCACGACUUGGCGAAAUUGCUCUUUACGGAAUAUAUUUCUCGUCAUCGCAAUCCCGAAAUAAGGAAUACAUUAUAUAAUUUCCGUGUCCUUGCCCUUAUCUCCGCUCUCCUCUCCGUUUGCUCAACAACAGAACCCGGUUCCGAAGGAGAGUUCACUAAAUUGCAGGCAGCAUUGUGUGGCGUUUUUCCGGAUAAUUCCCGCAUAGAAAAGCUAUUGACUUCGGUUGGACAAAUUUAUCUUAACAUAAAACCAGCUGGAGGGCCUUUGCAAAGCAUAUUCGCGAUGUUCAAGAAAGAUUCCGUCCCCGUAUCUCAGCCGGAAACAAAGCCAGAUGCUAUGCACCACGACUUAGAUUUUGAUUGAUCACUUUAAAUUAUUUUUAUAAACUAAAUAGAUAUCUCGGGUUAUCACAUGGCAAGAAUACAAGCCGAUCAGAAUGAAAAAAAUUCAACCGACUGCACAUCAGGGUUCAACACAGAACACACAAUAA